AAAAAUUUGCACAUUGAAGUAGGGAAUUUUACAUUUGAUCCUAGCAACUGAGCAUAGAGUAGGUAAACAAUUUCAAACGAAGAGAGGGAAAAAUUCAUUUGACAUAACUUGUAAGUAAACAUUCAGUUUUUGCUUUGGAAUCAUGCUAUUUCUAUUUAUCCAAUAAAUCUGAGGCAAAAGUGGAUCAAUAUGAAUGAAGAAAUAAAAAUAACCUUUAUAAUUCCUAAGAAUUAUAGACAUGAAAAUGAGUGCUCCGCUGAAAUGCAGCUGGCGUAUACGGCCUGUGAACAGCAUCGGGGAAGUGGACUACAGGCACAGUGGAUUAACGAAAGUAGCUGGACGCGCUUCACGAGCUUAACGAAGAAAGAUGUGUUUGUUUUACAAGAAUUUGAAGGGGAUUUGUAUGAAAGAUUAAGAACUACCAAGUGUUUAAUUGUGGGGCCUCGUUGUUUAUCAUGCUGCUUGACCGAAGGUGUACCCAUACCUUCAGGACCUGAUCCAGUGUACACAGUCGCAAUGAGAGGUUUAGUUGUCACUGCCAGUGGAUUAACAAGGCCUAAAAAGGACAAUAUUAGGAAAAAAGUACAAUGGAUGGGAGGAUUGUACAACACAGUUUUGACAGAUGACACCACACACCUAGUGUCCGACACUGUAUUGUCUGAUAAAUAUAUAAAAUCAGUUGAAAAGGGUAUACCUGUAAUGUCAGAAAGUUGGGUGGAAGCAGUAUGGGAAGCGUCAUUGCAAUUGAAUGUGAGCGGUUCCUCAGCGGACUUCAAUAGCCACAAGUUGCCAGUGUUUGCUAACUUACAAGUGACUACAUCAGGGAUAGCCAAAAGGGAUAAACAGUUGAUAAUGAGACUUGUCAACGAAAAUGGUGGAACAUUCUCAGGGGCUUUUCAGAGUGAGACUACGGAUAUUGUUAUUUUAACAAAGGAAGGAGCCGGCAGUGAGAAAUAUAAAGCGGCCCUAGAGUACGGUAAAGCUUGCGUUUUGCCAUCAUGGGUGAAAGAUUCUGCUGCGAAAGGAUUUGCGCUGCCAUUAGCGCAGUAUAGAGUGGCCGGUGCCUCCACUUCUUCACCAUUAGCUGAACAUCGUUUACCAGAUAUGAGUUUGAAUUUCUCUCGUAUUACAAAUCUGAGACCGCCAAGCAAUUUUGUUGAUGAAAGCAGAGCUACCGAUAUGUCCACGAUGUCGGGAAAAAUGAAGUUAUCACAAGAAAUAUCGUCAAGGAAAAGCGACACAAGUGUUGAUAAAGAGAUAUUGGCUGCAUUCGAAAGCUUCGAUAUGAGCGAUAUCAAAAAGGCGGGACCUAUAUUUGAUGGAUUUUGUAUCUGGGUGGCGGGCCUAGAAGGCUUGUGCCGCGAGCGCGCCGCAGCGCUUAUCUCCCGCGGCGGGGGCGUGCGGUACGAUUGUCCCCACGAGCGCGUCACUCACGCGGUGUGCGGUAAUGUGGCCGCCGCUGUGGCCGCGGUGAGAGCGUUGCCGAGUGUACUGGUGUUAAACGCGACGUGGCUAGUGAAGAGCGUGCAGGCGGGAAAGGCGUUGGACGAAGCACAAUUCCUUAUAGACGUGAAACCGGCGACGCCUGUAAAGACUAGCGCGCGUAAACCACGAAUCGAACCCGCAUCACCGAUGAGUAAACGUAAUCUACAACUACUGCGGCGAGGGCCUUUAGAUCUACCACCGCCCACUUUGGAAGUUGAAGAGCCUGCGCAGGAUGAAAUCGUCAAUCAUUAUUUAAGCCAACCUAUGCCAGAGCCAGAGCCGGAGCCGGAAAAGGAAAAGGAGAAAGCCAUCAUACAACCAGUAUCGAACAUUACUAACCAACAACCAGAUGUAACGGAGUUUACAGAAGAGCCCACGGAAGAGAUAGAACAAAUAUUCCGAGGUAUUAAGAUAGAAGUCCAAGGGUUGGAUGAAGAAGCGAUAUGCGAGCUAGGGGCGGAAGUAGCCGCCGCGGGGGGAGUUCUUUCCGCCGCCGGUGCGGGGGGAACGCAUACACUCGUGCCCUUAGACUUCGACCCGGGGGAAUUGAUUACCGCCAGUGCUGAACCUGUCACUGUCUUCUGGGUGAAAGACUGCCUGUCGCAGCAAGAGUUGUUGCCUAUAGAAUACUACCAUAGGCCAGUGAAAGUACCACAAUGGGAAGGAAAUGGGCCCCUACAAGGGGUGGUGGCCAGUCUCAGCACUUACAGUGGCAUAGAGAGGGCGUUCUUAGACGAACUGGCUAAACUACUAGGCGCUACGACCCAACUCCGUUUUUGUCGCCGGAACACAGCGAACGCUCUAGCAUCGACUCACCUGAUUUGCCCCACGCCCACGGGGGACAAAUACUUGGGCGCGGUGAAGUGGGGACUGCCUGCCGUUAAAGCCUCCUGGCUGAUGGAAUGUGUGAGACAGGGAGCGAGAGUGAGCGAGAAGGAACAUCUAGUGGGCGAUACUAAAGCUCCUCCUAUACCAGAAAAAAUAACAGAAGAACCGCCAGAUCCAAACCUAGCCAAAGACAAAGAGAAUAAUGAAAUGCUACCACCCCAAGUCACAGAUGUACCUAGAAGACAGUCUGUACCCAGUAGAGACGGCACGCCCAAAAAUAAGAAUUUGGACCCCGAGGAUAUGUCACCGGCAUCUCGUUACAUCGCGAUGGCGCGUCAAGGUCUUUUGGGCUGUGACUCGCAGGAAACUCCUAAAAGAUUGCAGCACUUGAAAGACGACGCCAGGCAAGAAGGUGAAGCCGUCAGAACGCCUCCACUAGAAGAUGCGCUAUCAACACCCAACCUAAUCGGCCUCAGUCCCACGACUAGGAGACGACUGCAAGCGAUACGCAGGGGAGAGAUGCCUUCCGAUCCCGUCAAGACGCCAACAGAUCCAUUCGAAAGGAACCCGGAAACGCCGGACAGUGGUUUUGGCGCGGCGCUCCGGCCUGGUACCGGCCGUUUGUCGCCGGACGCCCGCAAACGGCUCUGGAAGGUCGUCAACGAUCUACCCACUAAGGAGCAGACGCCGAAAGAGAAACACACGCCGCUAUCAGAGAUCCGCAACAGAUUCUUGGCGCAGUUCAAUGGCGACUCGCCUUUACCAACAUCGGAUCACAACCUCGCGCCGAGGAAAUUGCAGCUACAGGAAGAAGCUGAGACGCCACCUGCGAAAAUGCCAAAACUUUCAGCAGAUCAGAGCGCGGGCGGUAUAAGCAACACCGAUAUCGAGGAGAAGAGCAGCUCAAGCGCUUCAAGCACUCUCCCUCCAGCGGUAGACGCGCAGCUGCAGCGGCUGAGUGCAGCGCUCAGCAGCCGCUGCACGCCGCAGAGAAGCAGGCGGCCCAGAGACGUGACCCCUGUCCCCGUAUCAGGCCCUGAAACGGAACCCGGGCCCGAGUCUCAGCCGAAUACUGUGGGCUGGGACGACACUACGCCCGCUAAUGAUGUGCCUCUCCCUAAUACUGAGCCGAAGGUUAAACGAUUCAUGCUGUCCUCUAAUGUCGACAAUCGGGAAGAGAUCAUGGAAAUGAUCCAACACUUGGGCGGCGAAGUCUGCGAGGGUGCAGAACUGGAUCCUGAAGUUACCCAUUUAUUAUGUGCGGCGCCCGGGCGAAGUGAGAAGAUGCUGGGCUCCAUAGCUGCGGGGAAGUGGGUUCUGCACCCAGCUUAUGUAGUCAGGAGUAGGACGAAUGGAAGCUUUUUACAGGAAGAAGAAUUCGAAUGGGGCAAUCCCAAAGCGACCUGCCUACCUCCACUAUCCGGGUCGGAACGCACUUUGGCCCGGGCCGCUUACCGCUGGCGGGCCGCGCGGGAUAACCGGGAACCCGGGCCCUUCGCGGGAAUGAUAGCGUUACUGCACGUGCCCGAACCAAGACGACGUCUGUUAGGGAGAUUACUGGCCGCGGGGGAAGGAAUCGCCCCGCCUCUACAGCCACCAUACAACGAUGAUAACGUCACAGUCUGCUUCGCCGACGUGAAGAGGUACCCGCUAUCCGAUAGAGAUGCUGCGUGGCUCAUCUCCAAGAAGAUACCGGUCUGCGCCCCAGUCUUACUUAGCUCAUAUCUCACCGAAGAAUCACCCCCGAACCCAGUCGACCAUUGUCUACCAGAUUUCAGACCUAAAUAAUGUAUUAAAAAAGCCAAAUGAGGUUAUAAAGAAUCACAAAAUCUGUGAAAAACGAAUUUGAACUUUAUUGUUGAAGAGAUAUGUAGCUGAUGUCCUAAAAGAUAGUUAUUUCUAAUUUUUUUCACGUACACCAAUCAUUAAAUGAAACCACUUAACGAGUUACAUUUAUAAAUAAAUAAUAAAUAUUUCCAACACUCACACCAAUUAGCCUAGCCCCAAAGUAAGCACUGUAAGGCUUGUGUUAUGGGAUGCUAGGGUAACGGAUAGAAUACAUAUAUAAGUAUAUUUAUAUAGAAAUAUAUAUUAAACA